AUGCUGCCUGUUUUUAUCUCUGUGCCUCCCAUGAUGAAAAGGAAAAUGUUUGCUGAAUACAUCAGUACAGAGCUUUUGUCAUUGCUGACCACGGACCCAACCAAGAAAUACAAAUUUGAUCUUGCCAAUUAUCGCACGCCCAGUGGGCGCUUGUAUUGUUCAUACUGUGAUACUUCCAUGGAUGACGAACCACAGUUUCUGCUUCAUCUUGGCAAUCGGAAACAUCAGGAUGCAUUGUCCAUGAAAAAGAAAUGCAGGAAACCUGAGAUCUUUGCUGUCAGUUCCAUAAAAAGUGUGAGAGUUUGA